AUGUAUAUACGUUUAAUGCAGGGCAUUGAUUUUCCUGGAGGAAGAGUAGAAUUCGUCCCUGAAAUGAAGUUUAUAUCAGAAUCAGUUAAAGAGAGAAUACCCUGCUACCGUGUCCUUGAUGAUAAUGGGCAGCCGCUCGUGGGUCAUAAUUUUGUGCAGGUCAGCAAGGAAGUUGCUGUGAAGAUGUACACUGACAUGGUUACUCUCCGAUCUAUGGAUACUAUCUUCUAUGAAGCACAAAGACAAGGUAGAAUAUCGUUUUAUGUGACGGCAAUUGGAGAGGAGGCUAUUAAUAUUGCUUCAGCUGCAGCUCUUGCCAUGAACGAUGUUGUUUUCCCUCAGUAUAGGGAAGCUGGAGUCUUGUUAUGGCGUGGUUUUACUCUGCAAGAAUUUGCAAACCAGUUAUUUUCUAAUAAAUAUGAUAAUGGGAAAGGAAGUCAGAUGCCAGCACAUUAUGGGUCCAAAAAGCACAAUUACUUUACAAUAGCAUCAACUAUUGCUACACAAAUUUCUCAUGCUGUUGGCGCUGCUUAUUCCUUAAAGAUGGAUAAAAAGGAUGCAUGUGCUGUUACUUACUUUGGUGAUGGUGGAUCUAGUGAGGGAGAUUUCCAUGCUGCUUUAAAUUUUGCAGCGGUUACGGAGGCCCCGGUUAUUUUUAUAUGCCGGAACAAUGGAUGGGCUAUUAGUACCCCGAUUUCAGAUCAGUUUCGAAGUGAUGGUGUAGUCGUGAAAGGACAAUCAUAUGGAGUCCGUAGCAUCCGAGUAGAUGGCAAUGAUGCCCUGGCCAUCUAUAGUGCUGUUCAAGCUGCUCGUCAAAUGUCAAUCACUGAAGAGAGACCGAUCCUAAUAGAAGCUCUUACGUACAGAGUGGGACACCAUAGCACAUCAGAUGACUCCACCAAGUAUCGUCCAGCAAGUGAGAUUGAAUGGUGGAGAGUGGCACGGGAUCCUGUGGCUAGAUUUAGAAAGUGGCUUGAAAAUAAUGGUUGGUGGAAUGAUCUGGCAGAGUCAGAGCUUAUAAACAAUUUGAGACAACAGCUUCUGCAUACAAUUCAAGUUGCAGAGAGUGUAGAGAAACCUCCACUUGAAGAAGCUUUUCGUGAUGUUUAUGAUGUUCCUCCAUCCAAUCUCCGUGAGCAGGAGCAAUGGCUGAAGGAGAUUGUAAAAGAACAACCACAAGAGUAUCCAGCAAAUAUUUCUGUGUAGGCUUCAAUAUGCUAAAACAAAUUACACUGCUUCUAAGUUACAUGUCCUGAUUUUCCCUAGACUAAUUUCAGUUUUUCUUUCA